AUGGUGUUAAGGUUAGUAUUAGGUGAGCAAGUAGUGACAGUUGUAUGCACAUAUGCACCGCAAGUGGGACUAGGAGACCAAGAGAAAAGAGAGUUUUGGGAUUGUCUAGAUGUAGUAGUAAGGGCCAUACCUAGGGAGGAGAAAAUUUUUAUAGGAGGAGAUUUUAAUGGGCACAUUGGUAAGGAUCGUGAUGGCUUUAAGUUGGUACAUGGGGGUUUUGGUUUUGGCGAUAGAAAUGACCCAGGUAGAGACCUUCUAGACUUUGCUGCAGCCAACGGCCUAGGUAUUAUAAACUCGUUCUUUAGGAAGAGAGAAUCUCAUUUGAUCACUUUUAGUAGCGGAGGACGCAACACACAAAUCGACUACCUCCUGAUGAGGCAGGAAGAUCGACGGAUGUGGAUGGACUGCAAGGUUAUACCAACGGAGACUGCAGCGGCUCAACACCAUUUGCUAGUAGCAGAUUUAGUCCUUAAAGUAAGGCUAACUGAGGGGGAGAGGAAAACCCGACCUAGGAUCCGCUGGGGAAACUUGAAGGGAUAA